AUGCCCUGUCAAUUUGACGUCACAUCUUGUCCUCCAUCACGACGCCUGGAAAACUAAACCUCGAAUUCUUUGGAAUUUUUACUAUUUCCUUCUUCGAUCGGGCCGCACAAUCUCCAACCGACAACACCUGGAUAACACUGGAUAAAUAUGAGUCGGAUUUAUCGUAUCGAUACAACCCAGUUGGAGAGAACUAUGGCCGGCAUGUAACGCGUGUUUUUCUAUCACACACCCUGUGCGAAAAUCUACCAACAUGGAGGCGACUUCGCUGUGACGGGGGAAAAUAUUUCGGAGCACGAUGGAAAACGACACAGGUCCACCGCCGAACAUAAACCAGAUCAAUUCUGGCAAUGCAAAUGUAAUGAACAGCUUACCCAGUAAACAGCAUGACGAUAACCAACGAUUGAACUACACAAUACCGGGAAUAUUACAUUUUAUUCAACAUGAAUGGGCACGGUUUGAGAUGGAGAGGGCGCAGUGGGAAGUCGAAAGGGCAGAAUUGCAGGCACGCAUAGCCUUUUUACAAGGAGAGAGGAAGGGUCAGGAAAACCUCAAGCAUGAUUUGGUCCGCAGAAUCAAAAUGUUGGAAUACGCUCUGAAACAAGAGAGGGCGAAGUACCAGAAGCUCAAGUGUGGACAUGACCUGGGCCAAGAUAUCAAGCCACCAGCAUUCGAUGGAGAGGAAGGCGGUGAAGAAGAAUCAGCGCUUUCAUCCAACAGUCAAAUCAACUUCAAACAAAGCAGGCAACUGCUUAGGCAAUAUUUACAGGAAAUAGGCUACACAGACACAAUAUUAGAUGUGCGGUCAAAUCGGGUUCGCUCGCUUCUGGGCUUGGCCCCAAACGAGCAGAAUAUACCAGGCCUGGAUGGCAACGUAUCCAUAGAACCUGUGGUGAAUGGGGAAAGUCCUGUUAAGCAAGGCCGGCAGUCCGACACUGCCAAGAGACAAGAUAAGAAGCAUCCCAUGCCAGAAAAUGACCUUGACACCGUCUUGACGUCCUUCAGCUUUCUGGAUGGGACUGAUGAUGACGAGAGGGAGAAAGAAGCUGGAGAAGGCCGCAUGAUCGGCGAGGAUGGCAUCAUGGAAGGCAGGAGCAAAAUGGGCACCAUUAUCAAGAAGAAGAAACCUGUUGUCGGUAACGAGAGCAUGGCAGGUAUGGAUGACGUGCUGAAUGACCCUGCCACCGAGGAGGCUCUGGUCGAGUUUGACCUGAUCCUCAGUGAAGCUUCGGAAGGGGCCGGUGAAGCCCGGACGGCUGGAGAUGGGGCCGAUUGGGGGCUAGACAAAAAGUCUGACCUCUCUCCAACGGGUGAAGAGUGGGGGGUGGAUGCUAACACCAUCAGUAAGCUUAAAGAGGAGUACAAAAAAUCGCGCAAGGACAAGAAAUUUGUUCAACGUCCCAAGAAGAAUGCACUACAGGCCAUGUUGGCCAACUUGGAAGGGGAGGAAGAAACGCCCCCUCCCUCGCACAAUGCCAUGCCGGGGCGCCCUCGUGGGACGGAUAUCGACAUGCCUGAUGAUGGAGUGGCAGAGGACAUGCCCGGAGGCAUGGGGAUGGGUGGUCGACGCCCCAUGAUGGGAAUUGGCGAUGAGGAAUCUAUAGAGGCUGCCCUGGGCCUAGGGGAGCUAGCCGGUCUCACCAUCUCCAACGAGGCAGACCCUCUAAGCUAUGACGUGAGUACAGUGGCCGUGCUGAGCAAGGCCCUCGUGGAGACACUAGCGUUUCAUCCGGUGGAAACGGUCCUCAUCACUGGCUCCGAGGACCACACCCUCAAACUGUGGAAUCUCCAGAAGACGGUUCCCGCUAAGAAGGCCGCGUCGUUAGACGUUGAACCGAUAUACACCUUCCGGGGACACUCGGGUCCCGUUCUUAGCCUUGUUAUAAGCAGCAAUGGGGAGCAGUGCUUCAGUGGUGGUACAGACGCAGCCAUCCGCUGUUGGAAUAUCCCUGGGUCUAACAUUGAUCCGUAUGACUCAUACGAUUCAGGUGUGCUGGCAGACACCUACGUUGGACACACCAACACCAUCUGGGGCCUGGCGUUUGACGGCACCAAGAACCAACUGGUAUCCUGCGCUGCCGAUGGCACGGUGCGGUUAUGGGCCCCACAGAAUAAGUCACCCCUACUCAGCACUUUUAAAACAGAAACCGCCUAUGGCAACCCCACCUCAGUUGACUUUGUGCGCUGUGACUCCAGCCAGAUAACUGUGGGCUACCAGUCGUCGGACACCAUCAUAUUUGAUCUGGAGACAGGGACUCCCGUGGUCACGUUGGAGAGCAAAAUGCCCUCAGAUAAUGCAUAUACACAAAUUAACAAAGUGGCCAGUCAUCCGACACUUCCUAUUACCAUCACUGCCCAUGAAGACCGGCACAUCAGGUUCUUUGAUAACAAUUCAGGUAAAAUGGUACAUAGUAUGGUGGCCCAUCUUGAUGCCGUGACCAGCUUAGCGGUGGAUCCAAACGGAUUAUACUUGCUUUCGGGAAGUCACGACUGCUCCAUUCGGCUGUGGAACCUGGACAGUAAAACAUGCGUCCAGGAGAUCACCUCACACCGGAAGAAAUUUGACGAGUCGAUAUUCGACGUCGCCUUCCACCCCUCCAAGCCCUACAUUGCUAGCGGCGGAGCAGACGCUCUGGCCAAAGUGUUUGUAUGAUAGGGUUUUGGGGGUUAGUCGUCAGGGGAUGUGUGUUAAAGCUCUGGGCCUUGGUAAAUCAGUUGCUGUGUGAAGUUGUUGCUACUUCUCAAGAAAUGAAACAUCGUUAAAUUGUAGGAAAUCUGCAAGGGAUGUUGUGUUGUGCUGAGCCACAGUGACCUCAUACUUUGUCCAGCAUGAGGAUACACUGAUAUUAAUAAACAUUUCAAAAAGCCAAUUCAAACAAAAGAUACCACCUGUGAAAAAACCCCAAAAGGUUCAGUGAUCAAGAGAUUCAAUGUAGUGGUGGGUAGCCGUGUCAGUCAGGUAGAAUCCAAAUAUAAAGAAUCAGUAGCACUUUGAUGACUAACUAUUAAAGUAAAAUUCUGCCUAAGCUUUUGUAGCUCCAGCUACCUCAUCAGAUGCAAAAGGUCUGUAACAAUCAGACCUUCAUGAGGCCUUGAAGGCCUGAUCCCUUGCUAAAAGGAAAUAAUCCACUCAAUAUAAAGCGGGGGAGCUCACCAAGUAAAAAGACUGGUACAGUGUUAAAGAAAGAGUUUGAUGACCUGUUUCAGCCAGUUCUCAGUGUUCAGCCGUGUGUGAUCUAAGAGAUACACAAGGCUAUCAGUGUUGAAAGAUUACUGAGAACCACAGCAGUACAUGCAGACACUUUCCUGUGAAAGGAAACAAACAAAUGGGAUGCGAGAUGGUGUUCCUCUAUGUUCCUCUAUUCAUGCCUGCGUUUGUUUGCGGCCAAAGGGCACCCCUGGCGUCCAGCAAUCUGAUUCAUCAAGACCCAGUUCGUGGAGGCUCUGCAAGUCCAGGGCUUUCUUCUACUGUAUAGGCCCCCUUGAACAAACGGCAAAGGGAGGCAAUGUGUGUUAUAUUAAUGAUGAGUUAACCAAAUUAAAAAAAAAGAUAUAAACUUGGCGGGGCAGCUUGAGGCUGUGAGUGCUUGUGAGAGGGCCAGUUCCAAUUCCAAUAGUUACUGAGGUUGGGGGGAGGGGUACAGAACCACAGGGAAUUCUAAUGGAGACAUAGAGUGGUGAAAUUCACAACAGGCGCUGGUGUUCACAAGCAGUGUUUCCUACUGGCUUCGCUGUUCUUUGUCAAAAAGUAGUGGCCCACUGUUGCAAUGGAUAGCAUUACAAGGACAUUAAAUCGCUGCAGCUUAUGCUGUUAAUUUGGCAAGGUUGUAAUUUCAGUCAGGCUUGCUGUCAGAUACUGUUGCAUGGAAUUGGCUCAGGGCUCUGUGGUAGAUUAACCCUGAGGCACAUGUUCUGGUUAAACCCUUGACUUUGACCUUGCAAUUUUCCGGAAUACAGCAAAACAAAGUGACCUUCUGAUAAUGUGCUUCUCGUAUAACAACAGUUGUUCUGCUUAAAGCCUGGUUCACACUUUGCGCGAAAGCAAAUACGAAGCGAAUUUCAUGACGUCAACAAUUAAAGUUCCAUUGUGACGUGUGCUGUUUCCCUGCGGACGAAUUCGCUUCGCAUUCCCUUUUGCCUGAAGUAUGAACCGGCCUUAAGUUGGAAAUAAAAUUGGUACCCUUGCCAAAUGCAAGCUUUUGUGCCAUUAUGAAAACUAUAUUCAUGUAUCAAGAAAAAGUAAAAGUGUUCUAGGGUGUACCUCUGUAAGGAUUGUUGACACCCCCUCAGGAUCAUGAUAAAUGAAAAAAAAAAUACACUGAGUUGCCAAUACAAUAAAAUAUAAAUGAACCCUUGAUGGCUGGGCAGUGUGAUGUAAAUACAUAGUUCAUGUACAUAAAUUGGUAUGUCUUCUGGAAGGAGCUGUGCAGUCCAUGUGAUCGGACUCAUAGCUUUAGUAUUCAUCGUAGUGACUGUUAUAGUAAGUACAUAUUAACAAAAAAGUACAUCCGUGGACGGGGGAGAAAUAGAAGGAGAGAUACAAGUUGUAUCGAGGCCGCCUCUGUGAGCUUCAUGUAUGCACUGUUGAGGGAACUAUUUAGUCUUAACCACUUGCCGCUGGGGUUUCCGGUACCGGACAUUUAUUCUGUAUAUGCGUGGCCGGGGUCUCUGAUA